UUUUCAUAUUUUUGUAGACAUAAUUUUCAUUCUAAUGUCGAAUGUCUAGUCUGAAAAGAUUUCAAUCAUUUUCAAUCCCUUUGGCCAACGAACGUAUGUGUGUGUGUAUGUGUGUGGUCUAGGCCAUUCAAGCGGUUUUUUGUCUAUGGUUACCAAAUUACCUUAUGGAUCGUUUAAAUGAUCUAGGAUGAUAGCCGCAAACAUAGCUUUGAUCACCUGGUCUAUUACAUUGCUCAUAUGCAGAUACCCACACAUACGUUAUUUAAAACUUAAUUAUGUUAUUAUUAUUAUAAAGUCUUAAUCCAUCAAACAACAAGACUUAAUAGAGGGUAUGUAGAAAAGAAAAGAGAAAGAAAACGUAAUUUGCAUGAAUCUUAUUUCAAUCCAAACACGAUUCUAUUGAUAAUGAUGGUUGUGUUUGUCUCAUGAUACAAUCAAUAGUCUAUAUUUCUAUUCAAAAAAAAAAAAAUAUUACAAUGACAAGAUUAACAAGAUAUCGACAACAACAAUCUGGUCAUAUCGAUAUCGAUAUUGUCUGUUAUUUUGAAAUCAUUUUUCCUAUAACAAUGUUAAAAAAUAUAUAUACACCGCAUUCUAUAAAAUUGAAUUCGAAACAAAAAAGAAGAUUAUCUCUAUCUCAUGACAUAUUUAUAUAAGUUGAUCCUGAAACGUUCGGUGCAUUUUUAUUUGUGUGUAUGUGUGUGGUUCCGAUCAUGUGGUUGGUUGGUGGUCUCCAAAAGAAAAGGGACCCGACCACAACAACCAAUCUAAUAAUACCCUCUAAUCUCAAUAACGUCAAUGUUGUGUGUAAAUCUAACCUAUUUUCUAUAUUUUUCAUUGUUGUUUAAAUAUCUGCUCCAUAGGGCCAUUAUGUUGAUUAUUUGAGGAUAAUUGAGUCAUUAUGAAAGAGAAUUGCGGUUUAAGGGGAGCAGGAGGAGGUGACUGUGAUGGUGUGGGUAUCGACUGACAAGAACCCAUAGAUUGAUCGAUUGGGCCACCAAUCAUUAUUCAGUUUUUUGUUUACGAAAGUUUAGUAGCCAUUUGGCAGUCGAUCAAAAAGGAUUCAAGUAUCUUACUUAACUAAUAACUUGAAACAUGACAACUUCAUCAAAUACUUCAGAUUCGAGGACAAAUUCUUCACAAACAACAACAGCAACAGAACCUAGAACUGAAAUGAAACGUUCAAAAUCGUUUACAAUCGAUAAUAUACUUCAUGAUGUUGACAAACAACCACAGCUUAAAAAUUUCCACACAUCAUCAUCAUCAUCAUCAUAUCCGAUUUGGUUGAUGGCAAAUUGGAUGGCCAUCUCAUCGAAUACAAAUCCAUAUGCCUCGUUGAGGAUACCAACAUCGUCGUCUUGUCCAACCGGUAAUACCUUUGAAUUGACAAAUCAACGAAUUAUUUUCGAUGUGUUAAGUCACAAUGGUGGAGGUAUAGUUGCAUCGAAACUUGGCCAAAAUCAAUCAUGCACAUCUGAUGAUGAACAUAAAGGAAACGAAUCGUAUGCAAGCAACAUCUUGAAGGACCAAUCAUACCUGUCUGAUUGUUCCAAUGAUCAUCAACCAGCUAAUCAUCAUGCACACACAUCUGAAUCAUUAAAGUCAUUGUUCCCAUCAAAUACAUAUUAUCAUUGUCGUAAUGGAUUUUAUAAACGGAAACGUAGACAUCGUACAAUAUUCACUGAGGAACAACUUGAAUUAUUGGAAGCAGCAUUCCACAAAACACAUUAUCCUGAUGUUCUUAUACGCGAACAAUUGGCCGCUCGUAUUGAUCUACGUGAAGAACGAAUCGAAGUUUGGUUCAAAAAUCGUCGAGCAAAAUGGCGUAAACAACAGCAACGACUUGGAGGUCCAACUAUUGAUAUCAUAACAAAUGAUUAAUGUAAACUUUACUUCCGUUACCAACAAAAUAGAUUUUUUUAUAGUUGUAUCAUUGUGAUUGUAUAUGCGAAUAAAUAAAAAAAAUGAACAAAAAAAUUAUGAAUAAAAUCUAUUUUUUAUUUCAA